AGCCGCCAGUGCCUGCGAGCUCCAGGCUGCUUGGGGAAUUCACUUUGCCGCUUCUCCGCUUCUCCCUCCUAGGGCUUUUCCUGGUGGCUCCCUGGCUCCGGCCCUCUCCUUUCCUCUAUACGGAAAACUUCGCUGCUAUUUCUUUUUCCCCUUGGAGGAGAGGAUUAAAAGUUCCCAGAACUGGUGCCGCCCGUGCCGCUCGGGCGCCGGGACUGUGCUUGCUGGUGGAGCUCGGGUCCCACCAUGUGCACCAACAUAGUUUACGAGUGGCUGAAAGCGCUGCAGCUCCCGCAGUACGCGGAGUCCUUCGUGGAUAACGGCUACGAUGAUCUGGAGGUGUGCAAGCAGAUCGGGGACCCGGACCUGGACGCCAUCGGGGUGCUGGCGCCCGCGCACCGCCGCCGCAUCCUGGAGGCCGUGCGCCGGCUGCGGGAGCAGGACGCCGCCGCCGCCGGCCUCUACUUCACGCUCGAGCCGCAGCCGCCGCCCGCGCCGCCCGCAGUCGCCGUCCCCACCGGCCGCCGGGGGGAGCCGUGUGGCGGCCCGGCCCCAGGCACCCGCUGGGACCCCCGCGGCCAGACGACGGCCCCCCGCAGCAGGGAGCUGGUGAGCUACCCCAGACUGAAGCUGAAGAUCAUGAUCAGGGAUAAACUCGUCCGCGACGGCAUCCACCUGAGCAAGCCCCCGUACUCCCGCAAGGUCCCAAUGGCUGGCAUCCUAGAGUACUUAAUGAAUUGGCCGAAGUCAUCACAGAACCGCUAGAUAUCAUUUUUGAGAACUCGUGGAGGACUCAUGAGGUGCCUGAAGACUGGAAAUGGGCAUAUUUAGAACCUUCUUUCACAAAGGGAAAUGGAUGAUGACCCUGGAAAUACUCAUCAGCUUAACUUUUUUCUUGGAAAAAUUCUGGAAUAAUCAACUUAGUACACUGGGUAACUAACUUAUAAUAGCUAGAAACGAGGCAGUGAAACAUCAUACAUAAAGAAAUACUGAGUCUGGUUUUGAGAUCAGGUCUCGUGCCUAUUUUGGGGAUCCUCCCCUCCAUUCUCUGAAUUCUUGAUGAAAAUAAAUGAGGUUGGCCGAGGCAUUUGGGUGAUAACUAAUUUUAAGUGUAAUACAAGACAAAAAGCAGGUUUAUGGCAUUAGCUCAUCAUUGCAUCCUUUCCAUAUGAGCCUUUAACUUGAGAAUUAGGAGCUUUAAUUUAAUAUUUUAGCAUACAUCUUUUUUUUUUUUUUUCACUUCAUAUGGGACCAUGUUUUUAUGGGCUGAAAUAUUUUAUAUAAUUCUCCAUAGAAUAGUUUGGUGAUGGAAUUCCCUUAUUUUAAGGUGCUUUUCAUAGUUACUUCGUAUAUAGGUAGGAUCAUCAAGCUGAUGAAUCUGAGGAACAUCAGCAAGGGGAGAGAGAUUUUUCUAACUUCUCAUGUUUAAUUUAACCUGGCUGAAGUGUAGUAUUAGCACCAGGAAGGGUGUCUUGCUCUCACUGACAACUGAGCAAGAUCUGCUAUGUAACUUGAUCUCUAGUUUUCCUCACUCCCUGGGGACUGUCUUGACCAGUGCUGUGCCGGAUCCCACCUCCGCCCACCCCAGGAUUCUGAUGUCAGGCCUGUGGGGGCAGGGAAGUUGGCAGUGGCAGCGACCAUUACAAACCUUACAUAACCACAGCCCAAAAGGAGAGUAGGAUCGAGUGGGGGAAGGAAAUCAAGACACAUCUGGAGUCUUUCUAAUUCUUACUGUUCUUGCCUUUGGCUGCGGGUGGUUUUAUUUCCUGCUUAGAAAAUACAACCAAGUUGAUGGGACCAAACAUUUAAUUGAAAGGAAAUUAUCAAAGAAGGUCCAAGUCUGCCACAGGCUUUGGGGGCAGGCAGCUUCUGAGAGCCCAUGGGCCGUCAGUCCUGUUACAGAAUCUUUCUUGCACUACUUGGAAGUACACAGGAUCUGCUAAAGUUUGCCUCAGCAUUGUGAUGCUCAAGAGUAGGAAACUCUCAGAGGAAAAGCAGUUUACGUGCAUUUUCUUCCUGGUGCAUGCUGGUCCCUAGGUGAGCAGUUAAGAUCUCCAAGGACAAUUUUAUUACAGUACUGCUUUAAAAAUCUAAGGUUUACAUAGUUUAUCUACUUCUAGAGAUUAAUUUCGAUACUGUAAAAUCAGUCUCACUCUUAAAUGCAAAUGCAAGGAAAUUAAGCUUGCGAGCAUGUAUAAAUUUUCCUUUAAACUAUAUGUAGCUUGCAGAUAAGUAAGGAUUAGACUCCAAUCAACCUUUCAUCAUUUUUUUUUUCAAGUGAACCAGAGUCUUUCAAAUUUCCAAGCUAGAUUUUUCUUAAGGAGUGGGGGGUCUGGAUAGAUUACAGAUCGAAUUUAUUGUGAUAAUAAAUGGCUUCCUGUUCAAGACCUCAUUUCCAGAUGCAGCAUCUGAGGCAGAUUUAUUUCACAGAUGUGCAUUUCCAUGCAUUUGUUGAACUGUUAUUAGAAAGAACCCAAUGUCUGAAAAAUCUAUUAUUUUCACCGUUGGCAUUAUAAUGCAAUCUACUGCGACCAAAAAAAAGGGACUCUGUUCAAGUUUUAUUUUCUAUUUGUGUAAUGUCUAACUUCAAUUAGCUUGAUGAAUUUAAAUUUAUUGGUGUCUGCUAUUGGAAUUUGAAAAUAAUGAUAUCCUACCUAAAUUAAGAGUCACAGUCUAGAACAGUGAGAAAACCAAAGGACUUGAAAGACUUCUUACCUAAAGCCAGAGAGAGAAAGCUUUAAGCAGAGAGGUAUUAAAGGAACCCCUUAAUUCUUUUUCAUUAAAUCAAGGUCAGGUAAGAGCUUAGAAUGUAAGAGAAAGGAAGUAGUCUUACCAUGAAUUGUAUCUGAAGACAGUUACUCUUAGGAUGAGUAAUUUUUUUAUAGUAUUUUUAAAUUUUACCUAACAUUCAUAAUAUCCUUAAUAGGUGAAGGUAAAGGAAGUAGCUAAGGGACAACUAUGUUAUCAGAACUAGAGGAGUAUCUUGAUUUGUAUUUCCUAGAACUUCAAGAGACAUUAAGUAGAGACUUUUACUUCAUAACACUGAGGAAUUUGGAGGAGUAUAGCAAAAUUUUUCUUCAGUUCAUCUUUUAACAAAAUUUUGGGGGUGAGGAAAGAAAGAUUUUCUUUACAUAAAAUAUUUCUUGGUUCAGGCAAUGCAAGGGCUCCUUCCCACCAAGGGAACUGAAGCAAAUUAGAAUAGCUGUACUCAAGCAGUUUCUCAGUCCCGAGAAAUUUACAGCAUCUUGGUGGUAUGAAAUCAACGACAAAAACAGUAAGCCUUGAGUUCUGACUUUCUGAGUCCAAAUUUUGGAAUCAUGUCAAUUGCCUCUUCAGGUAGUGAAUCUGUUUAGAACAUAAGCUAUAAUGUAGCAUGGGGAAUGGUCUUGAACAGUUGUUGAACUCAUCAAAAGCUUUUUAUCCUUGCCCAUUAAAUGGGGAAAAUGAAUACUUACUAUAGUUCUGCAUCAAACUACAUCAAACAGCUGCAGAGUUCUUGGCCUGGUGCUUGACACAUAGUGGGUGCUGAGCACCUUCCUCCCUUCCCUUCUUUACCAUGACCUUCUUUCUUUCCUCCUACGUGAAAGAGAUUACCUUAAAACUGACUAGAAAACUCAAGCAUAAAUUGAUGUGUCCUUAUUGCUGCCUUAAACCCACUAAAUAAAGCCCCUUUGCUUUCUUUUAGAAAGGAUAGAAAGGUUACAGUGGCCACUUUCAGCAGGAGUUCUCUAAAUGUUUAUUGAUUGAAUGAAAGGAAUGUGAUUUUUAAAAACAGUGAACAAAUGUGUAAAGCCAGCACUUUUCAAGGCUGGGGAAAUAGUCGCAUAGAUACAUAUGAAGGUAUUUCUUCAACUUUCUUCUUUCUUACAGCUUUAGAUUGAUAAGUUUGGUGUACAAAUUAGUGAGUAGUAUAUGUGCAUUUUCAUCGGAUUUUAUGACUGUGAUUUACAAAUUAGGAGUGCAAGUCGGCAUUCCCGCAUAGGUUCUUCUGCGAUAAACCCAGCCAAGAUACCAAGCGGAUGAUGGUGGAUCAGCAGACUUUUCUAUGUGAAGAGAAACCAGAUGUACCAGUGACUAGGAAGCACCUGCCAGAAAACUGAGAUGAACAUAUCUGGAUUGUUCUCUGUGAAGAGUCGAGCACCGUAAACAGGUUCCUUGCAUGGGCAUUGAAGAAUAACAAAAAGAGAGGUUAAAGAGAAUUACAUUUUUAGACAAAAUAUUUGAUUCAUAUAACUUUUUACAUGUAAUAUUAAAUUAGGUAUCAAAAUGUCAUGUUCAGGCAGGCAGAAGAUUUCUGAAUUUCAAGUAAAUAAAGGACAAAGAAUAGAAUAAUGUGUCCAGAGACAUAUACAAGACAUGAGCAAGAAUCUGACGAAAUUGCCAGUUCUCUGUUCAGACCAAGGGCCAAGUUCAGGGGAUGCUUAGAAGUCAGCUGACAACUUGUGCUUUGAAUAAAGCUAUAAUAGAUGCUGUAUUAAACAAAGUAAGUUGUGCAGAGCAAAGCAAAUCAGCUAGGUUUUCUCUUUUAGAAUCUUCUAAUUUUACUCUUAGCAGUCUCUGUGGUCAUCGGUUAGAUAUUCCUACGUCAUAUGUUUUACACUAUUAGAUUCUUUGGAAAAUACUCUUUAGCUCCAUAUUAUUAAUCUCUAAGAAUAUAAAAUCAAAUUUCUACUCCAUGAUCACUGUUUUAGAUAUGUACGUGAAAGGCAAACAAACCAAAACAAAAAACCCACAGUAGUUCAGAAAAAUGAAUAACAUAACUUUUUUUCUUUUUGCUUACCAACAUAGAAAUUUUCCUUUAAGUUGUUUAAAUGCCUGGCAAUGACAUUUUGUUUUUUUAUUGUUGCUGUUACAAGAUAACUUUUAGAGGAAAAUGGGAGGUUAAAUUCCACAUUAAGAGCUGCUGCGUGGUAUUUUUUUGACAAUUUGGCCAACAUUUCUUCCAUUGGAACAAAAGAAAGUCAACUUUUCAACAUUAAGAUGAGAAAUGUCUUUUAUAGAAGCAUUCUGUAUCAUGCGCUUUGUCUGAUGAAUUUUCCUUUAUUACUCCAAAAAUAAAAUGCUGAAUGGAAUAUCUUGAGGGCAAAGUGGUAUAGUAAUUGGGGCAAAUGGUAGAAAUUCUAUUGCAGUUGUUGCCCUGUUCUCUAAGCUUGAGACUAUUCUGAGAUACUCUUUGGGUUCCUAAAGCCAUCAUUAAUGGAAAAGUUCUGCCUUACAGAGAUGUGUGCAUAGGUCCAAAUAAUUAACAUGUGUACAUCUAAGUAGCCGAGCACAGAUUGAUUCUAAAUAAAAGCUGCAGUUUGGUUUUUUGUAAAUGUAAUUGCAACUGACACCUUUUCCCCCUUUCAUUAAUUGUUUUUAAAAGGGACUAUAUGAGAAGGCUCUAUUAAAAGCUUACUUGGAACAGCAUUAGGAACCAUGGAUCAUAUGCCCAUGCAGUGCUGUGAUUUACAAACAUAUGUCCGCUCUUCAAUAAAUGUUAUGGC